CGUUAAAUAACGUUAUUUUGACUGUAAUAUCACAGGCUCGAUGCCAGUACUUUAGUAAAAACACCAAAUGUCAUUGGGAAGCUUGACAUUCGUUUUUUUGACACUUUCUUGACAGCUUUUGAUUGACGUUUUGAAGAAACGUUUGCGGCUUUUUGGCUGUGUAAUAUUUUGGUGUAAACAAUUUAUUUACUCGUAAAUGCCUGAGAUAAAAUUCCAAAUAUACUCAUGAAGAUGAAUGCAACCAGUUUAUAUGUAUCAACAUGUCGUUUGAUUAUACUGGCCGACGCAGCAGAUAAGUCUUCUUGGACAGAUCUUUUUCGCUUGGUUCCUUACUUGCGCCAGUCUUUAUCCUGUACAGUCUGCGGUAAUUUAUUGAAGGCACCCUACACUCCCACGGGCUCAGGAUGCCAGCAUCACGUGUGUAAAAAAUGUAAAGGUGGUAGAAAAAAACUCAAGCCUUCUUGUAAUUGGUGCAAAGACUACGAGAAUUACGCUGAAAAUUUGCAGUUACGAAUACUUCUCCAGUGUUACAAGAAGCUAUGUGAAUAUUUUAUGGGUACUAAUGUGUACAAAACGUUACUAGAGGAAGAUGAAGUCGCGGCAGGAGUGAACGGCGGCACAGUGGCCAGCUCGGGCUUGAUCGACUUGAUUCAAGAGGGUGCUGGCUUCUCUGAUGACUACAAAAGCACAGCAGGACUCUCCAAGUCUGCUUACAGUAUAUUGCCAUGUGUGUAUACAAAUUCUGCAUCGACACAGACACAAGGAGCUUCCUCGAGCACUACAGAAACAAGAUCUUCUAGCAAGGACUCUCCAAAUUCUAGAGCUGUAUCAAAUGGCUCACCACUUUAUUCUGUAAUGUAUGCAGGCUCUGGCAAUAAAAUUACAAUAAAAAGAAAAGCAGUAGAUGAUACUGAACCACCUCCUCAGGUUGAACCGCCACCAAGAGAAAGCAAGUCCAGUUCAAGUUUUAAGAAACCGUCAAAUAGAUCUCGUAAUUCGGCAAGCAGUAAACGCAAAGGUUGUCGGUGUGGCAACGCGACAGCUACACCUGGGAAAUUAACUUGCUGUGGUCAAAGAUGCCCAUGCUACGUUGAUAGCAAACCAUGUACUGAAUGUAAAUGUAAAGGAUGCAGAAAUCCACAUAGGCCAGACGGCAUGAAGGUGAGACCACACAUACCUCAGCUGGACACGCUGCAGCUGUCCCUCAACAGUGCUGACAGUUCACCAUCGUGCUCCGGCUCCAUGGACAGUCUUGACGAUACACUAACCAUAGAAGCUAUGGAGGAAUCUCUUAAUUUUAGUGCAGAUCUCAAAUCAUCUAAUAUUAAAGUAUAUUCAAGUCAAUUACAAGAAGUAUCCCCGUCGCUACCAGCUACGAUAAUGAUGGAUGAAGAUUUAGCGGGCUCGCCAGACGACGAGCUAAGUUCGCCGCACGAACACGAAUACGGCCCGUGUUCGCCGCAAGGAUCGCACGACGACGGCGGCUCGUCGCACUCUACAGGACACGACCAAGACCAAGACAACGACGAUCACGACGGCACUAGCGACAUUGAGGUUGACGUAUGACAUCCACUCUCGAGCGCCAGUGACUAGUGGCCGAAGCCCGUUGAACACUUAACAUGUCCGCUGCACUUCUCUCCGUCGAGUGUCCACUCCGCUAGUCACUUGUGUAUUGAACUUGUGUUAGCCAUAAGUUUUAUUGUUUAUUGUGCGGAUAUUGUUUCAUUAUUAAGUUUUGUUAAUAUACUGACUGCGGAAUGUCUAUCUGAAUACUGUAAUGUACUAUAAUUUGAAACCCCAAUGUUACACUUUUGUAUAAAUUUAUAACCUCUACUUAGGAUUAUGAUUUUUAUGUACUUAUUAGCAAUGCAUUCUGUCUUACAAUGUAAGACUAUUAUUUUCUGACAAAGGUUAUAAAUAAAUAAAUCAUUUAAUUGUAAUACAAUUUUAUUCACUCAAGAAUUAAUGAAAUUGUUAUAGUCUUUGUAAUUUUUUACUUACGUCUGUAUUCCUAAUUAUUUUUAAUUCAAACGAAAACUAGUUUUUAUACCUCGUGUUGCGUAGCUGCUAUGCAGUAGGUUUUAAGGUGUAACUUGGAUAUCUUAAAUGAAUUGUCUAAACCAAUUGCAUAUUUUUUAAUAGAACUUGUUUUUUAUGUUCUCAAAACUAACGAAUAUUUUAAAUGUUGCAGUUUAUUUAUUUCUUAGUUUUGUUACUUUGUAGAUCAAUGUAGUUUACAGAAAAAAUAUUAGACUCCGUUAUAUUUUUUAAGUUAUGGGAUGAACUUGGCGAUCAUCAAAUGGACAUGGUUUAGUGAGAAAGGCUGCACUUGUGGGUAUGCGAUAUUGUGUAAGAUGUUAAAUGAUGCCUCAUGUAAUGUAUAAUAAUUUUAUUAUUAGUUUAAUUUAGGCGCCCAGUUUUGUAAAAUAGUUUCUACUAUCAUGAUCAGGUCUUAUAAUGAUAUUUUUAUAACAAGAUUAUUAUUGAAAAAUACGCUAGUUUACCACAGAAAUGUACAUGUAGAUUUGAUCAUAUUAAUUUUAAAAUCAAUUUAUUAUUUUAAGGAAUAUUUUAUCCUCAAAAUACAUGUUGCUUUAACAAUCUAAAAAAUUAAACAAUUAAUUUAUUGAAUACUUAGUGGAUAUUCUAAGCUGAAUUUAGGGCAAAGCCCGAAUACUUAAAAUGCACACUUAAUUUUUUCAAUCAUCAAAUAUGAUUUGAGAAUAUAAUUGAUAUUUAAAAUGUUUUGAUUCUUGAUAUUGAAAUAAUUUUCUAUAAACUCGAUAUGCGUAAAGUGUCUAAUGUGUUUAUUAAUCCUAAAUGUGACUGCUAAAAGUGCAUUCCUAUUUCUGGUUCGAAUACUGUCCUGCAUAAAACUUUCCUCUUAUGUAUGUGACUGUCGAUCUGUUGUAGUAUGUAGUGAAGUCAAAUCGUUAAAUUAUUAUGAUUUUGAAACACUCGACAUUUUGUUUACUAUUGUCGUUAAAACUGGCGAUAAUUAUUUUNAAAUUUUUCAUAAUAAGAAACGGUUCUUAAUGUAACGGAUUUUAACUUCAUACUGGGCUAAGUUAAAUUGACUGUAUAUUUUAAUAGAUUAAUAUUUAAAAAUUUGUAUGAUAGCCAAAUUUGUGUAUUCGAGUGUUUCAGUAUUCCCAUCUUAUUUAUCAAGUGUGUUGUAGAAAUCGUGAUCCAUGCCAGUAAAAAUGUUUUAUAGUAACCUAUUGAAAUAAAUCAUCAGUUUUAUUGUUACAAAGAAA